AGGCACUGGCGCGAGAUCAUAUUCCUCGAGCGCCCAAUCGCAACCAUCACCUCAACCACGCCAUAAAACGCAAACACCGGAUGGCAUACUUUCUGCAUCCGUUUAAGAACCAAAAGAAAGAAAGUAUAUAGUUCAACGCCUUGGAAGAUAAAGCUAUUGAAGUUGAUGGAGUACAUAGGGCUUGUCGGAUCAGAUUUAUGAUGACCAAGCAAGUAAUUAUGGGCCGAAGUAGACAGACAAUGAAGCAACUACCAUGCAAGGCACACUAAACGGUGCAUAUAUAUAUCUUUUGUAUAGACAAUGAGAGAAAUGAUCUUGCAUGGUAUAAAAAUUCUGCUACAACUGAAAGCAGUAUGCUGAGUUCGAGGAGGAGAGUGCCGCAUCUUCACUUGAUAGCCAAAGGGCUGUCCUGUUCUUGCUCCUCUUCCUUACACCAUGCCAACCAUCUCUGGCCUAAUACACCACAACAACAGCAACUACUAAAGCAGUUGGUCUCUCUCUUACAAAAACACUCAUCGAGCCGCCAAGCCACCCAACAAAUCCACUCUCACUUCAUUACCUCUGGCUUUCUACACAGCCAACAGUCCACAUCCUAUAUCCUUCUCCUUGUUAACACUCUGCUUCGCUGCUAUUCCCUUGGCCAUUUCCCUCUAGAAGCUCUCCUGCUUUACAUAAACCUCAACUGUCUUUACUUUGACAGCUUCACCUUCACUUUCCUACUCCAUACCUGUGCUAACUUACACCCUAUCUUCUCAGGACUUCAACUCCAUGCUCUCGUCAUCAAAGUUGGUUUUCAGUCCCAAGUUUAUGUCCAAACUGCUUUGGUAUAUGCAUAUGCAGUUUGUGGGUCUUUACUUGAAGCCAUGCAUGUGUUUCACAAAAUGCCUGAGAGGAACACCGUAACCUGGAAUGUCAUGAUCUCCGGUUUGGCGAAAUGGGGUCAUCUCCAACUUUCUCGUUCUCUCUUUGAUCAGAUGCCGAAUUGGACUGUUGUGUCAUGGACCGCUAUCAUUGAUGGGUACACACGCAUGAAUCGGCCCGUUGAAGCUUUGUCUUUAUUUCGAAGAAUGGUUAUUUAUGAAGGUAUAAAACCCAGUGAAAUAUCUCUCCUUGCCAUUUUUCCGGCUAUAUCAAUUAUGGAGGCCCUUAAAAUCUGCCAAUCAGUUCACGCUUAUGCGGAGAAAAGAGGAUUUAAUAUAUCUAACAUAGACUCGUAUGCAAAAUGUGGAUGCAUAAAGAGUGCAUCAAGAUUGUUCGAGCAUACAUCUGCCCAGAGGAAAAAUCUAGUGUCUUGGACAUCCAUAAUAUCUAGUUUUGCAAUGCAUGGCAUGGGAAAAGAAGCUAUGGAGAGUUUCGAAAGGAUGGAGGAAGUUGGAAUGAAGCCUAAUCGGGUAACUUUCUUGAGUCUUUUAAAUGCCUGUAGUCAUGGUGGACUGGUCGAGGAGGGGCUAAAAUUUCUGAACAAGAUGCUAAAUAGUUAUCAAAUUGUGCCAGAUAUCAAGCACUAUGGGUGUUUAAUAGAUAUGUUGGGGAGAGCAGGGAGGUUAGAAGAAGCAGAGAAGAUGGCAUUGGGGAUACCUGUCGAGAUUCUUAAUGUGGUGAUUUGGAGGACACUUUUGGGUGCUUGUAGCUUUCACGAUAAUGUUGAGAUGGGUGAGAGAGUCACCGGCAAGAUAUUGGAGAUGGAAAGAGAAUAUGGAGGGGAUUAUGUGCUCAUGUCCAAUAUCUUUGCAGGUGUGGGGAUGUUUGGAGAUGCUGAGAGGCUGAGAAAAUUGAUGGAUAAGAGAAAUAUCUUCAAAGUUCCAGGCCGCAGUUUUGUCUGACUGAAGUUGAAUAUGUGGGGAUGUUUAGAGAUGCUGAGAAGCUGAGAAAAUCAAUGGAUAAGUGGAAUAUCUUCAAUAUUCCCAGCCACUGUUUGGUCUAACUGAAGUUAAAGAUGGAUGAUCAUGUAUAGACAGAUAUCUCAUCCGGAGUGCUUUUGUGUCGGUGUAGACUGCCUCUCAUGUUAACCUUCUCUUUUCGAUUGGGUUAAUUUUGGGAAUCUGCAUAAAAAAAGAGUAGUGUUAUGAUUUUAUUUGCAGCAUGUAUUGGAUUUCUGCAAGAAGCGGCAACCAAAAGGGCCUCACUCCUGGACUUGCUGAGGUUGAACUCUUUCAGAGGGAAUGUAUUUGAUUGUUCUUCCCUUCCACUUUCAUGGAUCGCUUUUAUUUUGUCUGGCUAUGGUGAGAACAAGUUCAAGGAUGACCCAUAGCUCAAGCAACAAUACCAGAAGAACGUUUCCCAAAAUAAUUACAUGUGCUACAACACUAGCAAUCUAGUCCUAGUAACCAAUACCAAUUCCCAUUUUAUAUCUUCAAAUCACAACCUAAAAAUCCCACUUUCUGCUUUGAGGCAGGAACUUGACAGUGCCCCCAUCCUUUUUUACUCUUCCCAGUAUUUUGGAAAAUCAAUCUUGCCUUUGAUCCGGGAAGUUAUUCAACGCUGUAAGUGGGUUAUAAAAGAAGGGCAAGUCAUUUUCCUGUUUGAGGAUUGGUUUAGAAAAAUAAUUUUAGCUGAAAAGGCAGAGUUAAUCCAGCCGAGGGAUCUUAAAGUUGCUGAUAUGACAUCUUUGGUUGGAAUAUGGACUGGCUGCUAGAUUAUUCUGUGCCUGGAGUUAGCUGAAUAAUUCAGUGGUUCCCUUUUGAUCUAGUACUCCACUAUCCCUUCUUUUCAGCUGCAAUCCUCCGUUGAGUGUAGUGCCUCCUUUGUGUGGAACUAGCUUUUGUUAGGUCAUGCAAUCUGUUUUUGGAGAGCGGUAACUCGAUUCCAUAGAUGAUGCCAACUGUUGAUCCAAUUUUCCAAUGGACAACAUAGUCAAAUGACCCAUAAUAGAGUACUUGGACGUUGAUAUGGUGCUCAGGUAGCUAGAGAGAGAGAGAGAGAGAGAGAGAGAGUGUCCCAAUAGAGAGAAUAGACUUUUAUGUUUGUAGUGGUUCCCUCCUUUUUCUAGAGGUCUUAUUCCUUCUUUGAAAAGGCUAAGCCUUGGUUUUUCACUUUUUUGCAUGCCAGUCAACCUCUUUUGGUUUUGUCUCUUCAUUUUAUUUCUGAUAA